AUGUACAGCUUCAUGGGAGGGGGUUUGUUUUGUGCCAUCGUGGGCAACAUCCUGCUGGUUGUUUCCACUGCCACCGACUACUGGAUGCAGUACAGACUGUCGGGCAGCUUCGCUCACCAGGGCCUGUGGAGAUACUGCAUGUCUGGCAAAUGCUACACACAGACUGACAGCAUCGCAUACUGGAACGCGACGCGGGCCUUCAUGAUCCUGUCAGCCAUGUCAUGUUUUGCCGGAAUAAUCGCAGGAAUCCUCUCCUUCGCUCACUUCUCCGCCUUCGAGAGAUUCAACCGUUCCUUUGCAGCAGGAAUCAUGUUUUUCAUUUCCACUCUAUUUGUUCUGCUGGCGAUGGCCAUUUACACCGGCGUAACCGUCAACUUCCUGGGAAAGCGUUUCGGAGACUGGAGAUUCUCCUGGUCCUACAUUCUGGGCUGGGUCGCUCUGCUCAUGACCUUUUUUUCAGGUAUAUUUUACAUGUGUGCCUACAGGAUGCAUGAAUGCAGAAGAGUGGCCGGCACUCGCUAA